AUGGUUAAAAAACACUUUAUUUUUUUAUUAUCGAUAUUCGUCUUAUUGAAUCAUGUUUAUAUUUAUGUUGAUGCUACGCGUGAUUACGCUCCCAGGAACACUGGUAUAGAGCUUUCUUCUAAAAAUAUUUUGGUUGGUUCUUAUAUUGGAGGAAGAAGUCAUCUUAAACCAGCACUAGACAUUGCUGCUAUAUUAGCUGAAAGAGGUCACAAUGUAACACUAUUAACAUCAGGAUAUUAUACGCCAUCAUUAGAAUAUCCAAAUAUCAAACAAGUUACACUAGGACCCGCACUAAAUUACAAAGAGAUAUUAAAUUCAAAAUUUCAUAAAGAAUUUGAAUUUAAAGAAAUAUUACCUUUUAUAGAAAAUGGAAUAAUAGCCUACAGAGAAACUUAUCAAAAAUAUAAAAAUGUUGCUAAAGAUUAUAAUAUAGAUUUGUUUAUUUGUGAUAAUCUAUUGAAUGAAGCUUGUUUAGAUAUUGCUAACACUCUAAAGAAACCUGUUGUUGGAAUAAGUUCCUUUUUUAAACAUACACUUGGACCACAAAAAACUGGUCCAAACUCUCCAUGUAAUGUUUCAUUAGAAAAUGAAUCUUUUUUGGAGAGAUUUAAGUGUAUUAUAGUAAACCCUUUUAAUAUAGAUUAUAUGAUGUAUCCUUUUAUAAAGAAGUUAAAUAAUUUCAGAGAACAAGUUAAUGCCAAACCUAUAUAUAUGGGAAAUUCGCAAAAACUCUCUUUGCAUCUAGUUGACACUUUCUUCGGUUUUGAGCUACCACAAACAUUACCACCAAACGUUCAGGAAAUUGGUCCUGUAUUAUCGGAAGAAUAUCCAUCACUUACGUCUGAACUCUCUGAUUUUAUAAAUGCACACGAACGUGUUUUGUAUGUAGCUUUUGGUACACGUUUUCAUGGAACCGUCGAUAACAACAACAAGCUUUUACAAUCAUUCGUCGAAGCAAUCAAUAAAAAAAUAAUUGAUGGCGUAGUUUGGGCAUUAGUUGUAACACCAGAAGAUAGCUACUCUCCGACAUUAACCUUAUCUGAUGGUUCACAUAUUCAAACUUCGCUAAUCCUAGAUAACAAACAUCCACAUAUUCAUAUUUCAAAGUUUGCACCACAAUUCGCUAUACUUAAUCAUACCAAUACAAAAUUAUUUUUUUCUCAUGGAGGCGCAGGAAGUUCCCAUGAAUCUCUUUAUACUGGUACUCCUAUGUUAGUAUUACCUUUUGGUGCUGAUCAAAUGAGUAAUGCUGAAAAAUUAAAAUUAGCUGGUGUUGCAUUAACAUUAAAUAAAUUUACCUUGGAUGUUAGUGAUAUUAUAAACAAAAUAGACUUUUUAUUAAAAGAUGAGAAUAUAAAGAAAAAUUCAAAGAGAAUGGAAGUAUUAGCCAAAAUUAAUAGCAAGAGAAAAUAUAGAGCUGCUGAUACAAUUGAAUAUAUUUUACAUAGCAGUAGUAUUAAUGGAGGUGUUAAUGAAGAAUUUUUAAAUGAAUGGAUUCCUGCUGAAUAUAGGAUGGGAUUUAUUAAAGGAAAUAAUUAUGACAUUUAUGGAGCUUUUUUUGGUAUCAUUUUUGGACUUAUUUGUGGAAUUCUCUGUGUUACGUUCAUAUCAAUUAGAAUUAUUUUAAAAAGAAUUAUUUCUUCUUGUAAUCAAAAACGAAAGAGUGAAUAA